GCCUUCAUUCUGCGAGACCGGUAUAUAUAGGGGGAGCUUCCCUGGGGCUGCACUGCGCAGUCCAGCCAAGGCAUCGCUGUCUUCCCAGCAGCUGCACUGCCCCCACCGCUCUCCCCUUGCAGCCACAGGUCGCAGCAGCAGCAAGCAUGGACAUUACCAUCCAGCACCCCUGGUUCAAGCGUGCUCUGGGACCCCUCAUUCCAAGCCGUUUAUUCGACCAGUUUUUCGGAGAGGGUCUCCUCGAGUAUGACCUCCUGCCUUUGUUCUCUUCCACUAUCAGCCCCUACUACAGGCAGUCCCUCUUCCGCAGCGUGCUGGAGUCGGGCAUUUCAGAGGUGAGGUCUGACCGGGACAAGUUUACAAUCAUGCUGGAUGUAAAACACUUCUCUCCUGAAGACCUGAGUGUGAAGAUUAUCGAUGACUUUGUGGAAAUCCAUGGCAAGCACAGUGAAAGACAGGACGACCACGGCUAUAUCUCCCGCGAAUUUCACCGCCGGUACCGCCUGCCCGCCAACGUGGACCAGGCUGCCAUCACCUGCUCCCUGUCCAACGAUGGCAUGCUGACCUUCUCGGGCCCCAAGGUCCCCUCCAACAUGGACGCCAGCCACAGCGAGAGGCCCAUCCCCGUGUCCCGGGAGGAGAAGCCCACCUCUGCACCUUCCUCCUAAACCCGCCUGCCGCUGCGGCAUGCAGGCUGCCACCGUCUGCAGGUCUCAUUCCCAGAGCCAUUGCAUAGAUAUCAGUGAAUAUCUAGAGGGGUUUAUUUUGUUGGUUUCCCCCCCCCUCCCCUGUGUUUCUUUUUUUUUUUCCCCCUUUCUCUUGGAUGGGACGAGGGGCUGGGUGAGCGGCUGGUGGACUUUGAAGCUUAAACCUGCGAGCUGUGCUGUGGGGAUGGCAUGGAUGGCGUGUGCUGCCACGCUGUUGUACUUGCUGAAAGGGUCUUCGUCCAGUGCUGUAGUCCAUAACCACCAUCAGGUAGGAGGGAGUGCAGAAGUAACACUGGCUCCUGGUGCACCAAGUCUUGAGGUGAGGCUUGGAGCAGGUGAAAAGCCCUGCAGACUUGCUCUACCCCACGCAGAGUUAAACUGGUUACUCUUAAAAAAAGCAACAGAGCCAAGCCCCACACCUGAGAUCCUGCGUACAUGUGAUGAAUGUGCCAGGAGUUCCUUGCAACCACAGGAGAAAUAACAUCCUACCUUCGGGGGUUGCAACGUGUAUUUUUUUUCAGCAAAGUGUUUAAGUGUAUCUGUUCAUACCACUACCCUGUCGUUUCCCUUAGGGACAACUGACACGAGGACAAGCACGUCUUUCCACUGUCUUAGUAGGCCCUCGGGGGAGAGAGGGGGGCUCACCGCUGUGCAGAGGCUUCACAUCCCCAGCCAGCUCUCCCCAGCCUGUGCGUAACACACCGUCUCCCUUGCUCUCGCUGUAAUUCUAGGGUAGCUCCACCUCUUCCACUGGUAUCUGGCACUCAACCUGAGAACGCGGUCAG